GUUUGGGUGCCACAUUUCGUUUUAGAUCAGUACUGGUUCAGCAUGAGCUCGGAGAAGAUUUGGAAGAGCCUAGUGAACAACAAGACGUUGGAUUCCGAUCAAGUCCACGCCUUCUACACUCAAUGGGCAAAAUCGUACGAUCAUGACAUGGAGGAGAUCACGGUCAUUGCCCCCAAGCGGCUCAGCGACAUAAUUCGGGAACACUUUCCAAGUAAUCAACGAUCGGAAGCCUUGGUUUUGGACGUGGCGGCUGGAACCGGUCGGUUAGGGCCUCACUUGGCUGGAAUCGGAUUUAAACAUAUGGAUGCUGUGGAUUAUAGCCAGCCCAUGCUGGAUGUUUUAGAAAAGUUGGAUUUAUACAACAAAAAAAUAUGUGCCGCUUUGGGGAGUGGGCGUAAGAUUCCUGGGAUUGAGGAUGAGUCCUACGACGUGGUUACGAUCUCCGGCGGAUUUUGUCAAGCCCAUUUACCCAUCGACUCUUUGGAAGAAGUUGUGCGCGUUUUGAAACCAGGCGGCUAUUUCUUUAACGCGAUGACCAAGUACUAUUUGGAGAGCGUGGACUCGCUGCAUGGCCUGGAACCGUUGAUGAGGCAAAUGGAAACGGACGGCAAGUGGCUCAUGAGAGCAAGACUCGUUCAAGAUCACGUUAUUGGUAGGGAACAAGGCCUGUUUCAUGCGUUCCAAAAGUUGUGACAAAAAAUACGCCUAACGGAAGGCCCUGAAUCUCUGUAGCUAAGAUACAGGACAGACGUUCAUGUGUAUGUUCUCUUUAUUACAUUUACAUCAUGCUGAGACGUCUGAAAUAUAUUGCUGUUUAUCACCA